AUGACCCCUAAAGGCUGUGUCGACACAUGUAUGCUCAAGAAGUGUGGAGGCAACGGCACAUGCACCAAGGACAGUGCUGGAGUGGCCUCUUGUGUUUGUGACACUGGCUUUGUUCUUCAAACUGACAACAGGACAUGCACUGACACAUGUGUGCUCAAGAGGUGUGGUGGCAACGGCACGUGCACCAAGGAAAGCGAUGGAGUGGCUUCCUGUGUUUGUAACGUGGGCUUUGUUCUUCAAGCUAACAACAGGACAUGCACCGACACAUGUGUGCUCAAGGCGUGCGGUGGCAACGGCACGUGCACCAAGGACAGUGCUGGAGUGGCCUCUUGUGUUUGUGACGUGGGCUUUGUUCUUCAGACUAACGGCAGGACAUGCACCGACACAUGUGUGCUCAAGAAGUGUGGUGGAAACGCCACGUGCAUCAAGAGCAGUACAGGAGUGGCGUCCUGCGUGUGUAACACUGGCUUCAUGCUGCAGCCUGGUGGCACCACAUGCACCGACACAUGUGCACUUAAGGCGUGUGGCGGCAACGGCACGUGCACCAAGGACAGUGCUGGAGUGGCCUCCUGUGUUUGUGACACUGGCUUUGAUCUUCAAAGUGACGGCAGGACAUGCACUGACACAUGUGUGCUCAAGCGGUGUGGUGGCAACGCCACGUGCGUGAAGAGCACUGCCGGGGUGGCGUCCUGUGUGUGUGACUCUGGCUUCGAGAUACAGCCUGAUGGCACCACAUGCACUGAAUCAUGUGCGCUGAAGGCGUGUGGCGGCAACGGCAGGUGCACCAAGGACAGUGCUGGAGUGGCCUCCUGUGUUUGUGACGUGGGCUUUGCUCUUCAAACUGACGGCAGGACAUGCACUGACACAUGUGUGCUCAAAAACUGUGCCGGUGACACCAAGUGCGUGAAGAGCGCUGCAGGAGUGGCGUCCUGUGUGUGUGACACUGACUUCGUGCUGCAGCCUGAUGGCGUCACAUGCACCGUCAUGUGCCUGCUCGACUCAUUCGUUCAUUCCUCUCCCUCCAUCUACUUGGUUCCUCUACCUCCAUCCCACCUUCAUGCAGACACCUGUGCCGUCAAGAGCUGCAACCUAACGGUCUCCGUUUGCAUGAAGGACGCUGCAGGCAUGGCCUCCUGUGUUUACAAGACAGGCUAUCAGAAUGUAUCGGGUCCUUCCACGUGUGGGGUCUGCCCAGCAGGCGCCAGCUGCAUUCCAGUUUCGUACAGCAAUGCCGCCUACUGCCUCUUUUCUCCCGGUUCUGGCAUGACCGCCGUUGGUUGCGUCCUAGACGCCACCCCCACUGUCUCCACAACAAGCUUCACCUUCUACACGCUCCCAAGCUAUGGCGUAACGCCUGCCACCUACACCACCCGCCUCACCUACAACGGCUGCACCAACCUCACAGCCUCCAGUGCACGGGACAUCCAGUCGUAUGGAAGCGUGCAGGACGCCCCUGGAGGAGUGGGGAGCUGCCUUGAGAUCCGCGCUUACUACCAGGCGGGAUGCAUCGGAAAAUAUAAUCUGUUUCCUGUCGCGAAAGGAAGUCUGAGCACUUCGAGUGUUCCGAAUUAUUACGGGUAUCCCUUCCGCUCCUUCGGCUGCUCUAUCUUUGAGAAAUGCGCUCUCAACAGCUGCGGGGCAAACGGCAAGUGCGUGCAGGACAGUGCAGGAGUGGCCUUCUGUGCUUGUGACGCUGGCUUUGUUCUGCAGCCCGACGGCAGGACGUGCGCUGUGGGCUGUGGGUCCAAGAUCUGCGAUCCAACAACUGACUGUGUGAGGAACGCUGCAGGCAGUGCGACCUGUGUGUGCAAGGCAGGCUAUCGGAACAUCUCCGGCACUUGCCUCGGCCCCGCCACAUGUGGGAACUGCCCUACUGGAGCCACGUGCACUGUUGCUUUCGGCUACAUUCCAUACUGCAUCUGCCCUCCCGGCUAUGGCAUGACCAGCACUGGCUGCAUCAGUGGUGCCGUCCCCACCGUCUCUGACAACAGCUUCACCUUCUACGACCAGAGCAACUACACCAUCACGCCUAACACCUACACCAUGCGCCUCGAAUACAACGGCUGCACCACCAUCCCUUCCUCAACUUCCUCAAAAAUCCGGUCAAUUUGGAAUGUACAGAAGGUGUCCGGAGGGGUGGGGAACUGCAUUUCUGUGAAUUAUUACACCCAGGAGGGGUGCGUUGGAACGUACAUUUCGUUCCCUUCCUCUGGUGGAACAGGAAUGAGUGGCUCCGGAUACAUAAACUACCCUACAUAUCCGUACCGCUCCUUUACCUGUGUUCAUUAA